CGUCUGAUGUCGAUGAAUGCGACUGAGAGUGUCCUGUGUCUGGGUCCUUGGCGAGCGAUUUGAUGAUGUUUGGCCCGGGGCGGGAAACAGGGCCAAAGGCGACAAAGAGGAGACGUGGGAAAAAGGGGGGGGGCCAGCGCAACGGCGACCGGGUUGGGAGGGCCCCAAGCGGAAAGGGCGCGUGGCAAAGGCGCGUUGGAGAGGCUAUUCGAUGAAAUGGUGAUGGGGGUGGGUGUUCUUUCGCGACUCUCCGUUGCUGGUCGGGGACUCUGGCUGUGCUCAGCCUGUGCCUGUAACGAGAGGAGGCAGGCGGUUGAAAGAAGAUUUCGCGCUACGCACGUGACUUGCCAUGCUGACAAAGCCGGUACUGUCCGCAUUUGGUUUGGCGCCAGUCAGAGGAGGGACACCAGAGGACAGACAGGGCGAGGGCUGCAGCUGGGCGGCUCGAGACAAAGAACGGGCUUGUCGGGAGGGGCCAGCUGAAUAUCA